CGGAAGUGGUAUGAGGGGAAGCCAAAACAAAAAAAGAAGAAAAUAAGUUUUCAAGAGAACGAGCUGGUCAUGGAUUUGUUCAUCCUGAACAGGAUGCAACAUUGUGUGUGAAUAAGAGCGUCUCACAAACGGCAACAUGGUUAAGAUCAGCAAGGUUUUGUUUUGUGGCAUGAAUGGUACCGGAAAGACGGCGAUAAUAGAACAACUUCUUUACGCAAACCACGCCAUUGGAUCGCCAAUGAUUCCAACGAUAGAGGAUAUUUACACUGCUGUGGUAGAUACCGACCGCGGACAAAAAGAAAAAAUCAGAAUUUACGACAUCAGUGGACUGGAUGGAAGUAACGAAACACACAAGCAUUACCUAAAUUACCCUGAUGCUUUUGUGAUGGUGUACGACAUAACCAAUUUUGAAUCGUUUAAAAGGCUGGACAAGUUGAAGAAGGACAUUGACAAGCAUCAUGAUAAAAGAGAUAUACACAUCAUUGCCUUGGGUAACAAAACCGAUCUGGCAGAUCAGCGGCAGGUGGACUACAACACAGCUCAAGCCUGGGCCUCCAAGGAGAAAGUUCGACUGUGGGAGGUAAACGUCAGCUGCCGCCAGUCACUUGUAGACCCGUUUCAGUGGCUAGCGUCAAAGAUGACUGCACCUACAAGUAAAUCCACGUUUCUACCAAGUCGUAAGGCCAAGGCUUCCUCCAAUACUCUUGUCACAGAAUCCUAGUCUGUGUGGGAUUUUUAUCACUUGUCUCAUCAUUCACUUUUAUAGGCAGGAUUGCACAUGUCAGGUUGUAAAAUCAACUCGCUGAAAUAUUACCUGAAAAUAAGUUUGUGGUGAAAUGUAAUUUAUUCAACCAGCUACCCAGUACAUCACUGGAUCCCACUUAUUGAUAUUUUUGUAUAAAACUGAAUUAGGCACAUGCAUGUGGGGUUGAGGGUAGAAACCCACCUGUCUUGCAUAAAGCAAAUUUUCUUCUGUUUUUAAAACAUAUUUUCUGGGGGAUCAUGACUCAAACCCCAGUAGAAACAUUGUUUGCCAGUCUGGACCCACACCCACACCCACACCCACACCCACACCCACACCCCCCAUAAUUUUACGCACACAUGCCUGUUCAGGUGAGGUAGUCAUAGAUUGGAAAAGUGUGUUAAUUUUUAGCUAACAUUAGUUUAAAUGUUUCCAGACAGGCUUUAUACAUGCAGCCCAUUAUGAUUAGCUAUCGCUGCUGUCCAUAGCAGUAAUCGUGUAUUUGCAAAGCCUCUCUAAUAUCAUGAUUAAAGAAGUGACUACACAAUGAAUCAUAAUUGUGAAUGUAUUCAGUGGAAUUACAUCAUAACACGCUCAUCACCAAACUAGCAGUAUUCAUACUCUUGGCUUUCAUUUGUCUCAUUUUCCUGUUUGUUUUUCAAAGAAUUUAUUUGUUAAAUCUAGCACAAACUGGUGACUUUGGUUUUUUUAGUGAAAUUGCAAACUUCGAUGUGAAAAAAUUGAGGGUAGUGAUUAUUUGCUUCCCAACUUAGAUUAUGGGGAGCCAUUUAUAUUAUCAUACUGAUCAUUCAUGCCAUUUAUAUAAAUCAGGGGUGGGAAUUCUCCUCGGAUCCGCAGUUUUCCUCUCAUGGAACAUUGCGUGUCCUUGCCCUCUAGAUUUCCUUUUUUUUUUUACGGUUCACCAAUUCCCACCCCUGGUAAAUUAAUCCGUUUAUAGUAUUAUGUUAAGAGUCACAUGCUAAGGGGAGCUAAACAUUACUCUUCUUGAACUAGUCUGAGGGGAGAGAUGGGGAGCCAGAUUGAUAAUCCCUUGAUAAUGUUGAUUGUUUAUAUCAUUAUCAUGGCCAAUAUUUUCGAAGCCAUCUUAGCCUACGAAAUCGUAAAACCAUUGUACGCUAUGACAUCACUAUGGCGUGUGCUGUAAUGAUGUUACAACCUACAAUAGUUUUACGAUUUCGUAGUGCUAAGAUGGCUUCGAAAAUAGGGGCCCAGGACCAUAUAAAUGUAGACGUAAAUGUCAUUUGGGGGAUGGGGUGUUGUUAAAAAAAGGUUUUGGUAAACAUUUUGGGGGUGGGGUGUGGUUUAUUAAAAAAAAGUUUUUUGUCAAAAUUUAGUUACUUUCUUUGUUUUUGGUACUAGGUUAUUCCCCUAAUUUUUAUGAUUGUGUAUUUAAUCAGUUACGGUUUAUAUAAUAAUGAUUUAACAGACAUAAGACAUGUUACAAUGAUUAAUGGUAUUGCAAUCCCCUGACGAUCAUUGUUUUCCCCAUGAUCACUCACAAUGUGUUAAACAUGACGUGCUAGGUUCUGUCAUCACAGGGAAGAAAAGUACCCUUUUUGUUUUUGAUGGAAAACUAUUGCAUAAACAACAAAAUAAUUUGGCACAAAUUUACCACCAUACUCAGCCCUCUCUAUUUACUUCAUCUGGAUAAGACCCUAUAUAAUAUUACUGUGCCCUGAAUCAACUCGCUAUGUUUUACUACCACAAGGUAGUUUUAAACUGAAAAAAAUGCACUGUAUAUGUUUCUAUCCCUCCCACCUCUGGACAUUAUUAGGAAUGGGGUCUCUGUUAUUUUAUUGAUGCUGCAUCAAGGAUCUCAGUUGACACCGUCUCUAGUUUUUAUUACAAAACUCAACUGUAUUAUUGUUAAACAAUAUUUUUACCUUGCAGUCUCAUUUUUAUUUUAAUGUUAUUUAAUAUUGAAUAAUUUGUUACGUAUUUACAGACUAUCACAUUAUACUGUGUAUGUGGGGUUAUAUUAUAGAGCAGCAUCAGAGGGGAGCAGCUCUACACUAGUCCCAUGUUUUAGUAAUGAACUGCUCCCUAAAUGGAUGUGAUGACCUGGUGACAAAGUGUACUUGAGUACAUAUUAUCCAUACCUAUAUGCGAUAUAAUGGGCAUGAUCAUUUUGCAAUUCUAGAAAUCGGAAUCCCAUGAAGCAAUCUUAGCACCAAGAUCACCUUAGGUCUCACUACACAGAUGUCAUCUGCCAUCUGUCAUGUUAAAUGGCCCAACUUCAAAUGAAGAUUGCCAAUAGAACGGAUUCUCAUUGGCACCAACAACAUACACUAUUGCGAACAUACAUUAUAUAAGUAUUUAUUUUCACUCCAAAAUUGAGAACAUUUCAGUCUUUGUUUUUUUGCUAUAUAACCGCAUCUGGCUGUAGUAUCAGUCCGAACAGGUGGUUCAUUAACCG